GGGCGACCAGAGCCUCCGCCAGCGGCCGGGCGACCGGGCCGGACCACGCCAGCCACCGGGGGCCCCUCGGCGGCACCGCGCUCACCCAGGGGCGGCACAGGCACCCAGGGCCGGGCUCCACGAUGGGAGGCAAGCUGAGCAAGAAGAAGAAGGGCUACAAUGUGAACGACGAGAAGGCCAAGGACAAGGACAAGAAGGCCGAGGGCGCGGGCCCCGAGGAGGAGGGGGCGGCCCGCGAGAGCGGCGGCGAGGCGCAGGCCGCGGGCGACGCCGCCCCGGCGCCGGCGGGCGCGGAGGAGAAGCCCCGGGCGGCCGACGCGGAGGCGGAGGCCGACGAGAAGCAGCCGAAGGCGGCGGCGGCGGCGGAGGAGGAGGAGGCGGCGCCCCAGGCCGAGCCGCCCGAGAAGGCCGACGGCCCCGCGGCCGAGCCGCAGCCCGAGGAGGCGGCGGGCGCCGGCGGUCCCGCUGCGGGCGGCGAGGCCCCGCAGGCCGGCGAGGCGCGCGCGGAGAGCCCGGGGCUCGGCGCGGCCUCCGGCGACGACGGGGAACCCACAAAGACUGAGGCGCCCGCGGCCGCCGCCGCCGCGCACGAGGCCCAGGGCGACGGCGCCCCGGCCGCCUCGGACUCGAAACCCUGCGGCGGCGCCGACGCGGCGCCCUCGUCCGCCGACGCGCCCAGCUCCACGGCCAAGGCCCCGGCGCCCGCCGCGCCCGCCGCCCCGCCCGCCGCGGACGCCGCCGCCGCCGCCCCCGAGCAGAGCGUGGCGGCCCGGGAGUGACGGGGACCCGGGGCGCCCGCGGCCGCCCGCCCCUCUCCCUCCCUCCCUCUCUCUCUCUCUCUCUCUCUCUCUCUCUCUCUCUCUCUCUCUCUGUCUCUCUCUCUCUCUCUAUCCUACACUAACCUGUUCCAAAUCGGAUGUCACGAUGUGUAUUGCCCAAGGGAUUAAAAACCAAACGGAAUUAACAAGAAACAAGCGAAGGAAAGAAACCUGAAACAAACAAAGCGAACACACCGCGCUAAACACGGAGGAUGUGUCCCAUCAGGGGGAGGGAGGGAGGGGGCGGGGAGAAUCCAAAUAGUAUUUUUGUGGGGGAAAUAUCUAAUAUACCUUUCAAGCCAACUUUACCAGUAAGUCCUGGAAUUUAAAAGAGAUCGAGUGUCUGAAAGUACAGUACAUCUUUUUUUUUUUUUUCCCUUCUUUUUCUUUUAUUUUUAUUUUUUCUUUUUGGUACCUAAACUGCUGUUUUAAACCUGUGCUCCACCGGCUUUAAGAACCACGCCCCCCCCCCUUCCUCUCCUCCAAACCUGGUCCUCCUCCUCUGCCCUGGCAGCUGGGGGAGGGAUGCAUCCCAGUUCUGCCCACACAGGGCCUGUGCCAAGGCAAUCAGAUCUUUACGAAAAAGCAGUAUUUUCCGUGUUUCCUUUUUAAAUUUGACGUUCUUGUUUUGAUAUAUUUUUAAAUGUUGUGGAUGAAUGCCAACUUUCAGACAGAGCCCACUUAGCUUGUCCACAUGUAUCUCGAUGCCAGCCCUCCAUUCUUCCUCUUCCAGAUAUUUUUGGGAGUAACAAACAUUCUCUCAUCAUACGUAGCCUACCUAGAUUUCUCAUGACGACUUAAUGCAUGUCCGUGGUUGGGUGCACCUGUAGUUCUGUUUAUUGGUCAGUGGAAAUGAAAAAAAAAAAAAGUCUGCGUUCAUUGCAGUUCCAGUUUCUCUUCCAUUCUGUGUCUCAGACACCAACACACCACUCAUUGGAAAAUGGAAAAAAAAUAAAAAACAAAAAAACAAAAAAAUGUACAAUGGAUGCAUUGAAAUUAUAUGUAAUUGUAUAAAUGGUGCAACGGUAAUAAAGUUAAACAAUUAAAAAGUAA